GUAUGAAAAACCGAUAACAAUAGAAGAAAUGAAAAGUGUGCCAGGAUAUUGUUAAUAUUCGUCCAAUAUGCCAAAUUAAGGGACAAGUAUUCACGCUAUAACUAAGUGAAAUAUUUUGAAUUUGAAGAACACACAUGGCAGGAUUUAAAUUAGGAGUUAUCCGGUUAGGAAAAGCGGCAGGAAAAAUAAAAUAUUCCCUUUUAGACGAACAGGAUGUGUCGCUAAUUAGACGAUAUGGCUUUCAGGCCCACGUAGAUAUGGAUCGAGAUGGUAACGGUGCCAAGAUAUAUGCCUAUGCAUACGACCUGUUAAAAGGAAAGUCCUCAAUGCAGUCACUUCAUAAUAUGUUAUGGGAGAAAUAUCGAGGUGGCAUUGCUCCAGGAUUCAAAGUUGUCCAUCUGAAUGGUAUCACCGUUGACAACAGGUUAAAUAACCUCGCACUUAUCCCUGAAGAUUUUCCUGUGGAUAUGGUUGAAGAGCCAUCAACAAAAUCUAGAGAACAGAGUCUGUACUGGUUAGCUGUACAGCAGUUACACAUAGCUCCAUUACAAUGUCAAAAUCCAAUAGAAAUCCAAAAGCACAAGUUUUAUGAUAAUAAUGGUCAUGAUGUAUACUUAGAAGAGGACAGUAUUUAUUAUGAGUGUCACUAUCCCCCUUGUACCAACAUGGAGAAACAUAUCAGACAGUUCAGCAUAUGUGGACGUUGUCAACAAGUCAGGUAUUGUGGUACAAUUUGUCAACAGCAAGAUUGGCCUGUCCACAAGACUUACUGCAUUGAACGACCACCUGUAGAUACAGACACAGAGAGUUUACCUGACAGAUGAAAGUGGAUCCUCUAAUCCUUUAAUUACGUUGUAUAAUCAGUGGAUUUACCAGUUAUCUGUCCACAGGAAACUGCUUCACACCAUAGUUGUUACACUGAAAUCAUGAGUGUAAACUCUUACAGCAAAAACCAUUCAUUUGAUAACCUUUUUUUAAGUGGUACAUUCUGUUUUGGUCUUUAUUUUGUUUCAAAAGCUUUUUAAAUUCUUUGUUAUUCUGUGUGGCUAUGGCAUUUAGUGUUACCAGUGUCUGACAUACUGUCAUUUCAUCCUCUGAAAUCCAACAGAUAUCUGGGCUUUUUUUCUUCUUGCCUGAAGUGAGCUUGUUUUUGAUUUAUAAAGUGUAAAAUAUUAGCUUCAGAUUGAGUUAAUGAAUUAAAGCUCUUGUACAUUAAAAAUUUUAAUAGCAUAUAAGGUAUUUUUGUCCUCCUUACACAUCUAUUUAAAAAAAUUGUAGUUAUAAUUGUUACAAUCAAAAUUGCCUAGUUUAAACAAGGUUACCUUCCAUAUAGAUAAUUUUGAUUUCCUUAGCUAUCAGUUUUGACCAUACUGAAUAGAAAUGAACCACUUUCAAAUUAAAUUGGUAAAUAAAUGGUUUUUGCUGCAAGUGUUUUGGAAACCUAUAUACUUUAUAGUGCUUAAUAUCUGCAACGGGUGUUAAUUCUAGUUUCUUUGAACUUAUUGAAAAAAGUAAGACUUAAAAUUGACCUCAUGAUGAAAUCCUUAUAUAUAUUUGCAUUGUCAAUGCAGUGUUUUGCAGAAGUGACUGAUAAUCUUAUAGUUGAGAUCUAAUGAAGAACAAUCACCAUUGUUUCCAAAUAUGACAAAUGGCAUAGGAAAAGCAGAUCUUUAUUUCAAUCAUAUGUAGAAAAUGAAAAUUAUAAUUGAUCUAGAAUUUUUUAAAUUUGAAGAAAGCUAAAUAAGUAUAUUGUAAACUGGUUUGUGUGACUAAAGUAUUGAGAACAACAUAGAAAGUAAACAAGAAAUAUCUUUCACAUUUUGAAUGAGAAAAUAGCAAAUGCAGUACACACAUGAUAAUUCCGUGUAAAAUUACUCAUAGUGACAAUGUUUCAGUGUGAACACUAGCUAGUGAUUGUGGGUAUUUCAUUCUGAAAUUCCUGUCUGAAUAUUCAAUAGAUAUUAUAUAUAUGACAGGGUCACAAAUCAAGAUGUUUUCAGUUCCAGUCACCUUGUUUCAGAUUGAUUCAACCAGCACCAACAAAAGUGAUGUUUUGAGUAAAUCACCGUGUGUGUACUGCAUAUGCCAAAUGUGCUGUCUUUUUAGCAUCUCACAGUUUGGUGCUUUUUUCCUUGAUCAUUUGCAUUUAUGAUUGGGUCAUUCUCAUUUCACCUUCACAAAAAAUUAAAUGCUUUAAUAUUUAUUUUGUUGCUGGUUUGUGUGUUAACAUUUUAUUUAACAAGAAUCUAAUUUUAAUGUUGUUAUAGUAACAGAUUUAACUCUUCAGUGUUGCACUUUAUUUUGUUUAUUUACAUAUUAAUAUUAAUUAUUUUAUUUUAUAUACGUAAAAAUUGUUUAUUUUAGUUUGUCUUUGAUACAUUUUAAAUGUUAUAUUUGAUUGGCAUAAACAUGUCAUAUGAUAAUUAUGAAAUAUUAUACACGUAAAUGUGUACAUGUAUUUAAUUUGGUAGUUAUGAAAUUUUAUGUACAAAAAUGUAUAUUUAAAAUUUUAUAAAAUUUGUGGAUAAUUAAAUUUUCAAAGACAAACUUAAUUUAUUUAUUAUUAUAUUUUGUUGCUUUAACAUGAUGCAUGUGUUUAUUGUGUGUAAACUAGUCAUAUAUAUUAACGCCAACUAAUCAUGCCAUUUUGAUAACAAUAUGUCUAAUUUACUAGUCAGAUUUUUACAUUUCUGUCUCUUGUUUCUGUUUUUACUGAGGGCUAUUCCAGAAAAAUAUGUAGGGGAGGGGGGUUGGAAGGCAGUUUGUUUCAGCACACACCACCCAGACAAUUGUAAUUGAGAAUCAUAGUGCAUUAUUGUGUGAAAAAAUGCUCUGAUACCCAUCACCCAUGUAUUGUUAUUAUUAAGUGCCUUCCAAUCUCCAACCCCCCCAUACAUUUUUUUUCUGGAAUAGCCCUGACUUAGGAAAAGUCAUUUUAGAUAUACCUAUUGAGUAUAUUUACUUCUUCGGUAAUUAAUUUCAUAUUGAAGUUUUAUUUAUGUUUCAAACAACUGAGGGACAGGAAGCUCCUCCAGAAUUCCAGUAAUGUUGACUCACUUUAAUUCAUUGAUAGAUUAUAACCAGUUUUUAGUAUUUUACUGAAAAAUUGUUGGAUCAUGGAUAUUUGAAACCAUUUCUUUUUUUAAAAGAAUUUUCAGAUUACAAACAAAUGACAAACUGACCUUUUGUUAGAUAUUAUAUUUCUUUGUUUUAGAUAACCAUUAAUUCAACAGAAAAUGUAUGCUUCAAUAAAGUUUAUACAGAUUAUCUUAAAGUAACAUUUUUCAAGGUCUUUCCUUGUAUCAGUCAAACUGGUUCAUGGAGUCAUCUGGGGCAAAUAGUAGAGAAUACUAAAAACUUCUUUCAACAAUUUUAGUCGUUUUGACAAUUUGACAAUUUUUAGUAUGUUUUGAUAUCACCAUGUUGAUAAUCUAUAUCGUGAUUUUGGUUAAGACAUUUUAUUUCUGUUAUUUGUUUAAGAACUGUAUAGCAUAUGAUUCAGUUUAUAGAAAAAAAAAACCAGUCUAGAUAUGGCUGUUUGUUAAAACUUAAAAGCUAUGCACAGGAAUCUAAUGCAUAGUUAUUUUUUAAAAGGGAGGUAAUUCACUAUUACUUAUUUUCAAAUCAAUUAACCACCAUCUUGGAUUCUUGCAACUAGACAUUUUUUCCAGCAAAAUUACUUCAAGGAACAAUCACCUUUAAUGUCAUGAUGCUGUCACCCUGACUGCCUUCUGCAGAUAUAUUUUAAACUCUAUGAAAAUUCAAACUUUCAAGAAUCGCAGCCUAGUCUAGAGAGUUGUACCUAAAAAAAAAUCUGGUUUUUUGCUCACUUCUCCCCAUUAAAUUGUAUGAGAAAGAAGUUUUUAACAAGGUAAUAUAUACACACCUUAAAAUUGUACUUCAAACAAUAGCCCCUUUUGAAUGAUACAAAAGUUACAAAAAAUAUAGUAAUUACAGUCAUUUCUCAGUUUUCUUUUGUUUUAAAUUCUGAUUAGUUCCCUUUUACUUUAAGAUUAGCAAGAUUUGUAAUAGAAAAAUCAGCAUUUAACACUAAUGAUAAUUAUUUUCCGAUAUAUAGUUAAGAAUAGUUGUUGUGAUUUACUAACUCUGCCAUAUAUGUUUGACGUGUAGUGUGCCAUUAACAAAACUAGUGCAAUAUAUAAACAGACAUUCCAAAUAAUAUCAUUCCAGUAUUUGAUUACAUAGACAGUAGCAGUUAUACAUGGAAAAUAUACAAUCAAAUGUACAAAAUGUUGACAACAUAUUUUAGAGAAUUUGAACUUGGAUUGUUCAUAGGUAAUGUUUAUUUUUUGUUUAUAAAACAUGAAGGCCUAGGCUUCUUUUAUUUAAAAAAAUUUCUUUUAAGAUUGACAUGGACAUAAUACAGCAAAGUUAAGAGGCAUUAGAUUAUCCAGUCGUGAAAAUUGAAGAAUACUGAUACUUUUUCUUUAACAAAAUCGAUCUUCUAAUUUCAAUCAUUUUAGGACCAAAGAAAAGUAUAUACAUAAGCUUUCCAUAUACCCAACUAACUUUAAUCUUAAACCUAAACUCAUACUAAUUUGUGAUGGAAUAAAUAUAUUAGAAGAUUUUAUAUCAUACACCUUAUUGCUAUUUAUUCCAAUCCAGAUAAGUUCUGAAAUUACACAACUUUUUUAUGAUGUCAUAAACCAGUAGAAGCUAUUUAAACAAUGUAUUGUGCAUAAAACUGUUCAAAGAGACAUGUUUAAACCAUGGUAAACACUUUCUUAUUACUUUAAUUUGUGUUUCACAAAAUUAGAUCAUAAACUAUCAAAAUUUUAAAAUGUUCACUUUCUAAACUUUUUCCUCCUUCAGAUCAUUACUGAUGAACUUUGUUUUUGUAACUCUUGACACAAACAGGAAGUUGUCUAAGUGACGGUUUUUCCAGGAAUGGAUUAACUUGCGAUAAGGUGUAUACUGUCAGUUAAAAAAAGGUCAAAAUACAGUAGCCUAUACUUCAUAAUGUUUUGUAUUAAAAGUUUUAACUAGUUUCUAUCAAUAAAUGCCUAAUUACAAGUGGCCUAGUUUCCUGGUAAAGAUUAUUACAUGUAUUAAAAUAUUUUUUUCUGUACACUACACAAAUAAAAUGCAGAUUACACAAAAUAAUCUACAACAUUGCAACCCUUUCAUUACCAUUUGAACUGAAGGUGCAUACUUUAUAAAACUGUUAUAUUCUGUUUAUUUAUUUAUGUUGGUAAUCAUAGUAACUGUUUAUUUAACAUAUUUACUUAUGGUUUGAAUAAAUUAAUUUUGUAUUAA